AUUUUAUCAUGUUUGUACAAUUAAGUAGUAUACCAAAGCUAUCUUAGUUUUCAACAACAAAAAACGAACAAGCUCUAUAAUUCCUUAGUUUUGAGCAAAUGGCUUUAUACUCCCAACAGAACGUCUUUCUAAUCCUCAGACUGAAUGCCCACUGUGUUGGUCUUUCUCAUCCUAUGUGAAUACUGUUAUUACACUUAUCUAGUAUUAUAUUGUACUGGCGUUCACACCGUGGAGAUAAAAAACAGCAAUGACACCUAUCGAUCAUUUCGUAGUCUAUAUGGAGCUUUUGAUAAAAUGAUGUUCGACAUUAUAUAUAUACCACGAAUCGAGUUUACUAUUGACCUUUUCAUGUUAACAAUCAACAAAAACGAAUAUACGGAAAGUUAUUGUUGAAGAAAUUUCAUCGGUUGUGAAAGAUGAUCAUUCCUACUAAAAGAAUGCUGCUUUUUAUACUGUUACAGUGCGCAGUUAUAUCUGCCAAAAGAAUUGGAGAUCUGGAGAUGCUACCAAAAGUUGAGCAACAUUUGCAACAGCCAAAUAUUGCGUUUGAAGAAUCUCCUGUUCCUGACAGUGAGCGUGCUGAACGUUGGAACUUCGACACACAAUUUUCCAACAUGUUCGGCUUUGCGCACUUGCCGCAAACAAAAUGCUUGACUGAUUGGUCUGUUGACUACGACAUUGCCAUCGUCGGUGUACCAUUCGAUACUGCAGUGUCUUAUCGUCCAGGUGCGAGGUUUGGUCCUCGAGCUAUUCGCACUGCUUCUUCUCGACAAACAAGUCUUAGAAGCUUUAAUCCUUCUUUAAAUAUCAACCCCUACCGAACAAACACCAAAAUCAUUGAUUGUGGUGACAUUCCUAUUACACCCUUCGAUAACAAGUUGGCUCUAAAGCAAAUGACAGAAGGCUAUAUUGACCUUUUAUCUCAUUCAGUAGCCACUCCCGCAGAUUCACAAAACAAGCGAAAUUCAGCUUUGGCAAAGGAUGGAAAGUUUCAUCCUCGUUUGGUUUCACUUGGCGGUGACCAUUCGAUCGCUCUAUCGUCACUAAGAGCUCUUGGGAAACUAUAUCAGAAUGUCAGCGUUAUCCAUUUUGAUUCUCAUCUCGAUACAUGGAAUCCUUCCACGUACCAUUCGCAUUGGAUGUCCGAGCAAUCAGAAUUCACUCAUGGAACCAUGUUUUGGCUUGCCAGUCAGGAAGGCCUCAUCAACAAUGGUAGCUCUAUUCACGCAGGACUUCGUACCCGGUUAAGUGGAACUGAUUAUUUUGAUUACGAAGAAGACAAACGAGUUGGCUUUAUGCUCAUCGAGGCCAGCGAAAUAGACGAAAUUGGAGUCAAGGGCAUUGUGGAAAGGAUAAAGAAGACAGUCGGUGAUAAUCUUGUAUAUCUAAGUAUUGAUAUCGACGUGCUUGAUCCUGGCUUGGCACCAGGGACAGGAACGCCUGAAACGGGUGGGUGGACUAGUCGUGAAAUGAAGAGUAUCCUUCGAGGUUUAGACGGGCACCUGAAUAUAGUAGGUGCAGAUAUUGUAGAAGUAUCUCCGCCUUAUGAUGAUCAAGCAGAAAGCACUGCUCUUGCUGCCGCUGAUUUUAUUUUUGAAAUUGUUUCAAUUAUGGCGAAGAAUCCCCUUUAUGACAUGGCAAGCAAACAAAGGGCAUAAAGAUUACAUCUGAAGUUAAAAGGUCUGCCUUUUGUCUUUAGUUCGUAUUUGUUAUUAAUGUUAACGUAUCCUAUGUAUGAAUGAUAACGCUGAAAUGAAUCUGUAAUAAUAAUAAAAAGAAAAAAGGAAGGCUGUGACACUAUGAAAUACAUUUCUAUUUGCAUUGGUAAUUUUAAUGAUCGCUUACUGUACGACUGCUAACUAAAAAAUAUUAUUUGCGAAGUCGGCAAUAAAGACAAUAUGCUUAGAAAUUCUCUAAUUCCUUAUCAUGAAAAUCAAGAUUGGUGUCAAGCAGCGGUAAUACCAAAUAAAAUGCAUGAUGCUGAUGCAUGCGCCGUUUGUCAACCAACAAAUUAUAUAUGUAUAUCUCUCUUCAAGAAGCUUUUUACAAACUUAAAGGAUCUUAUAGUAUGAUCUAAGAUGGCUAAAUACGUAAAAUCAUAGACAAAAACGUUAAAUAAAAGUCCAA